AUGCCUCGGGCAAACAAGGACGCCCUCGAGUAUCUGGGUGUGUUUUUCGUGAAAAUGGACUUGUCGGUGCGCCGCGUCACCCAAUCCUCAGAGUCGCCAAGUCUGCUGAUGCAAGACCUUGCCGGUAUCUUUGCUCCGUACCUCCUGCGACCAUCGCUUUGGACGAAUGCAGACGCGUCGGAAAAGCAACGAACGCGCGUGGUCCAGCGCAGUUUCCUGCUCCACUUUUUGUUCUUUGUCAAAAAGAAGCACAACUUGAUGACGCGGUCGGAGCGCACCUCGAUGGAUUCCACCGAGGACGAGCUUGUCGAUGACUUGCUUUUGCGCGCCAUCCCUGCAUCGGCUCGCUUCAACAUGGCGUUCGCUUCCACUUUUGCCUCCGCUCCCUCGGUGCCGCCGUCCCUGUCCGCAUCGCUGGUGUCGUCGGGCACGACUGGGGCCUCGCAUUUCCACCCGACGGGCCAGAGCUUUGGAGCGGCGUCGGCCGUCACCGACCCUGGCAGCGAGGGCAGUGACAACGACGACGACAAUGACCUCGAGAAUGUUUCCCAGAGUCGCACCACAACGCGUCGUAAUUCGCUCCGGUCAAUGACCAGCACGACCUCGUCGGUGAAGGCGCCAAAGUUUGUCAAGCACGCGUUCGUGGAGGUGUGGGUCGACGCCCUGCCAACCGCCCCUUCCGUGCUCUCCGCUCCGCUGCAACGCCUCGUCCCCGCCGACCGCCUGCGUCAACCAGAAGCGACACCAUCGAGCGAACAGUCGUCCGUUCGCCUGGUUCCGUUUUUGGUUGCAGAGAACACUCACAUGGGUCGCGUUGCUCUCGGGGAGAGCUCGCUGUCGCUCGACGCUGCAGCAAGCCAUGCCGUGCGCGCCCUCGAUUUCGACACCAAGCGCAAGAAGCGUCACCUGCAACGGCGCGGCACAGCGACGUCUCUGGCUUCCGUCAAGUCCAAGUCUGCUGCUGGUUUGCUCAUUCGUGUGCAAGGUCCCGUCCCAACGUUUAUCACGCCGGACAGCGAGAUUCCGUUUCGGGGCUCCUUCGUCCAUCCCGAAGGGUUUGUUGUGCUCCCCCGCCAAGCUAGUCCCACUCCUCCCAACUUGCCGAGUUUGAAUAAUAGUAAUAAUCAUCGCUCGCAGACCUCAGACGGAGGCACCAACGGCACCAACGGCGCCAUCGGCGGUGGCGAGCCCGGCUCGUACCUCGCUCUCCCCGACGCACUGCCGCCGCACCUGCGCAAAACGCGCCCGCGCGCCUCCUUCUCGAAAGUUUCUGCUGCCUUUUCGCGCGAUCCACACGAUGAAGACUGGGGGUUGGGGCCAAUAGAGCAUCCAGCCUCUGUUGUCAUGGAAUCGACGAGCGAAACCAAUCCUCGUGCUGCUGUUGUCGAAGCGUCCCUUGUGCAAGCGCAUGCCUCCGGUGCUCUUCUCCUUGAUCCGUACAUGGAAGCGAAUGAGGCUGCGACGGCGGAUGAUUCUGGCGAUGCCAGCGACGACUCUGAGAACGAGGACGACUCGCCUGUCGCCGAAGAUGCCUCGAUGAACGAGCAGGUUGAUCAAAGUUAUUCGACCUCUCCAGCAUUGACAGCUUCGGCCGCGUCUCGUGAAGAAACCUACUCGAAUGGUAGCACCGACGACCACAUUCAUCAUCUCAUUUCGCUCGACAGUACAGAAGAAGCCGCUGCAAAACGAGCAGCUCAAAAGCAAUCCACCAUACCGCAGUCGCAUCCAGUGGAUGAUGGCGAUCAGUCAACUCUCCCUGCCUUUUCGGUAUUAUCGCAUGAACAAACGGACGCUCAACUCCAGCCUGCACUUGCAGAGCACUCAACGCCGAAUCUCCCAGCGGCAUCUGGGGCUCGAGUGAAAACCAUCCGCCGGCCUGCCUUGGAAACCCUGUCAGAGAGUGUCUCUGCAAGGGGCAUUGUCCAGCUCGACUGGGUGCAGGAUGCAUCCACCAAAGCGCGCACGGCCUUCUUGCAAGACUCGCCCAGCAUUGCUCGCUGGCUCCAGGCACCCAUUCUCCAAGGUGAUCCAGAGCUGAUGCCCAACUUUGACUUGGUUGUGUUUGGCGGCAUUGGAGCAACAGGCAUGGAGAGCGAAGCCCUGUACGACAAGAAGGCGACUGCAAGAAUGCAGCGGUACUCUGGCUCGUUUGGCGUUCAUUUUGAGGCCCCAGGGCGUGGUCUCGUCCAUUUGGUCACGAACAUUGGCCACAGCGAGCUUCCUUUGAGCUCGAACGAGUCCGCCCGAGAGCAAGACAGGGCGUGGGGCUCCUCGAGUGAGGUGAUGGACCACCUCCGCAAUCGCAGCACGAGCGUCAAGACGACCAACUCUGUCCAAUUUUCCGUGCACAUCGGAGAAGGUGCAGCUGUGCUGGCGUCUGGUGCCGUCGAAACAGACUCGCUGUCUGCACUCGAGCCUCAGCUCGCCGCCGUUGCCGAGGACCUCGACACGACGCUCACUGGAUCGCUCAGCCAAUCGAUUGCGUCGCUGGACUCGUUGGUCAGUCUCGAAGCGGCACCGCCCGUAGUUGUUGUCUCUUCGCUGGCUCCGCGCGAACAUCCCGACGAAACGUCCUCCUCGCAGUCGCCGGAACAACAGCCAUCGCCGCUCCCAGAACUGCUGCUGAAACAAGCAGACGAGCAGCAAAACGCUCCUCCACACGACCUUCAACCUCACCCCCACACGGAGGCCGUCGAAAGGCCUGCCGAUCACACCAGUCCCUCGCCCAAAUCUCCAGCCGCAGACUUUAAGCGACCUUCCGUGAUGGUGGCCAACUAUGACAACGCAAUGGCCUUCCCGCGCACCCACGCCCUGUAUGCUGGCGAUCGUCUGCAGGCAGAAUCGGACAUUGUGCAGUUCUUCUUGUCCUUUGCCUCGCAAGUGCGCAAGGCCGAGUUCAUUUAUGACCAACAGUCGGACUUGCUCAACCAAAAGCUCCCUCGGCUCCAUGACGGAUCGCGCUGCGAGAACUGCGGAGCCGGAAUAACGACGCUCAGCUUCUCGCGAAAGGGUCGACGCUCGCACUGCGGCUAUUGCGGCAGGCUGCUUUGCAGUGCCUGCUGUGAUCGCAACUUUGUCAUUCCUGCCCGCAUCGUGCAGCGAGGCGACUUGACCCCGCAUGUUGUUUGCCAGGCGUGUGAGGCCCACUUGCAGUGCCACUUGUAUGCGCCCCUUAUCGAGCUCAAUGCCCUCAGUGCGGAGGCCAUUCUCGAGAUUGGCCGCACCAAGGUCGAAACCAUGCUGGAAGACUGCGCCAUGCUGAUGCGCUACAUUUACUACCACGUGCUUCCGGCGUGUCCGUCGCGCCAGCUGCUCUUGUCGCUUUUGCCAUCACGCAUUGUGCCGCUUCUGCUCGUGUACCAGGACUCUGUUGGCGCGCGUAUCAGCUUGGCAGACUUGUGCGAGCUCCCCACCCGCCAGUUUGCGGAAAUCAUCCAUGCAUACCGGCAGCUGUUUGGUCAUCACGUUCAGUACUGCAAGCAUUGCUCUCAGCUGAAGCGAGAAUGUUGCGCGAAGGAACUGUGCACGCGUCCUCCUCACAGCACCACUCCCACCCCUGUCUCGACUGCUUCUCCGAGCGCGCCAUCGUCUGGAUCGACGCUCUUGGACCCCACGGCCAAGUCAACAGAACUCAUGCUUUGUCCUCGAUGCAUGCAGUACUGUCACGUUGAAUGCUGGCGCGCUGUCGAAUCGCAGUGUCUCGCAUGCGCGGCCAAGCCCCAAACGAACGUCCGGCUCAUUCUUCCGGCAGAGGCGCCCCAGAACUUUGGUCUCUCGGCUCGCAACCGGCUGGCAGGCGCAGCGGUGAGUGUGCCCACGUUGGUUGGCGCAACUGCAGCAGCACCGUCGACUUUAACUGCCGUUCAGGCGGAAGCACCGGACUCUGCUCGGUCGAGCACCACAUUGUCUAUCGCGUCGGUUCCAGCGACGCAAGCCAGUGACAGUCAAGCCCGUCGCGGGUCGCUUGCAAGCGCAGGUGACGGUGGCGAUGCGCCGAGCCUCGCCAGCACGCUUUCCCCAAGUCAGCGCUCAAGCCUUCAGCAAUUCAACGUCGCGUCGCCGACGCCGUCCCUACUCGCCGCCCAGCCUCACUCUUUCAAUCCGUCCGUCGAAGGAGUGGAUCUCUCCACCUUGCCGGGCGAAACACUGCUCUGGGACGUCGCGGUGCACGACUUUUUCAGCGCAGCCUGAACGUUGUCAUCC